CGAAAGACCUACCAUAUGUCUUCGCCACUUUUUUUGACAAAUAUAAAGAUAUUGGGUUGUUAGGAUAUGAAACGAAGGAAUCACAAACUAUACGGCAUGCAAGUAGUGAAAAACCAAAGAAUCGUCUUCAAUUGUAUCAUACCUUUUUUCCUGAGUUGGUUCAAAUUCAAAUGCAUUUAGAAAAUUUUUCUUUAUGCGAAAUACAUUAUAAUCAAUUAAUUGCAUCAGAUUUUUUAUGUCAACUUCUUUUAAGUUCAAAUUUGCUUAGUACUAAUAAUGAGCAGGCUCGUACAGAGCAUGCUGUAACAGAAAUUGAAAUAAACGUAUGUAAUAACAUGCAAGUUAAUAAACAAACUACUGAAGUUGCUAUGCAAGUUAGCAAUGAAACUCAUGAGAUUGAAGACCUUAAAAAACAAUUAGAAUAUGUGUACAACUAUGUAGUAGAAAGUUGGGAACAUAAUCAAGUAAUUAAUAAAAUAAAUAGAGAAUUAACUGAACAAAAUAAUGCGUUAAAAUAUAAAUAG